CCAUCAAAAUUCAACUUGCAACAAAUUUCCACAUAUCCCUUUUCCACCCAAGAAACACAAAACCCACUUUUCAAUUUCACCAAUCAAGAAAACCCUUUUUGGAUUUUCUCCCUACUAGCCUAUAUAUAUAGAUAUAUAAAUAUAUAGAUAUAGAUUUGUAUAUGUAUAUGUGUGUUAAGUAAAUUAAAUUAAAAGAAGAAGAUAGAUGGAAGUAAUUGAGAGGGUGAAUAAUAAUAAUAAUAAUACAAUAGAUGAUGAUGAAAAGGAUCAAGUCCGUGUAAAAAGGAAAACUCUUGAAGCAGUUCUUGAUCAAUGUCAAAGAGCCCUUGAAUUACUUAGUAAUCCUAAUAAUACAAAUUGUGUUGAAGAUGAUAGUGAUGAAAGUUCUGAUGAUAAUUCUGUUGGACCCAGUUCCGGUUCGUCUCGUUCGCCUGACGGUGAAGCCGAUUUGCUUUGCAGUCUGCUGAAAUCAAGAGUUGAAUGCCCCGAUUUUCUUGAAAAACUUGAAAGUGCUCAGUUUACAGUUCCACAGAAUUUAGCUGAGGAAAAUAGUUCCUGGGACAUGGUCAGUGAAAAGGAAGCUUGGGAAGGGGGAAGUAUUGCGUCAGAUGAAGACUAUGUCUUAGUUAGGCAAGAUGAUAUUGUAGAUGGGAUUGCAUGCUUCAUGGCUGCAUAUCUGAUUUCCCUUAAAGAAACCAAGGAUUUGAGUCCAAAACAGCUCCAGGAUGCUCUUAGCAAGACAUUCUCUAUGAAAAAGCAAAAGGGAAAGCUUCGAAAGGCAUGGGAUGGAAGCAAAGUUAUUUAUAAUGUUGCUUCUUGGGGCGCAACGGCAAUCGGGAUAUACCAGAAUCCCGCCAUUCUCAGGGCCGCUUCUGCUGCCUUCUGGACUUCAUGCAAUGUGAUAUCAAAGCUCUUCUGAAAAGGCAGCAUAGUGUGUGGCAUGUUGUUUGAUGCAUCUUUCGAUAGCUCUAACGUUGUUUGUACGUAAAUGUUCGUCAAUUGAAUAACUUCCGCUCCUAGGAUUACCACCCGUCUUGUAUAUAAUUCAUUUCCCUUACGGUAGUUUCUGUUGUUUGAUCACUCCCUUUAUUUAAUGAUCGAAAAUCGUAAUUCGUUUGUUCAA